UGUAUAAGUUUUUGCAAGUGAAUUUGUUUACAUUGAAGAGAUUUGUUAGAACGACUGCAAAUUAGAAUAUAACAAAUACAUAAUAUGUGCCUUUAAAAAACAAUAACUUUUGCUAGUAAUGAUACCAAGACAAUGUCAUUAUCAAAAUUGUUCCCUUGUUUUCAAUUUCGAUUGGAAGACAACAUUAAUAAAUUAGACUACAGUAAUAAUAUAUUGUCGGAGGGAUUUCCUCAAGUGUGGCAAUAUGAAAGAACUUUGGAAGAAUUGAAUGUGAUGUCAACACGGAUCAACUAUUUUCCGCCGCAACUAUUUUAUUGUCAAGGACUUAAGAUUAUAUUAGCCAAUAACAAUAGCUUAGAAAGUAUCCCAGAAGCCAUCGGAUCAUUACGUCAGUUACAGCAGCUAAACUUAAGUAGAAAUUUUAUUUCGAAUGUUCCCGACAACAUAAAAUCCUGUAAGAAUUUAACACACUUGGAUCUCAGUUGCAAUAUGUUGCAAAAACUGCCCGAUGCUAUAACAUGUCUGAUUUCAUUGCAAGAGAUUAUUUUAAAUGAAACAUAUUUAGAGUUUUUGCCAGCUAAUUUUGGACAAACAAUAACUUUUGCUAGUAAUGAUACCAAGACAAUGUCAUUAUCAAAAUUGUUCCCUUGUUUUCAAUUUCGAUUGGAAGACAACAUUAAUAAAUUAGACUACAGUAAUAAUAUAUUGUCGGAGGGAUUUCCUCAAGUGUGGCAAUAUGAAAGAACUUUGGAAGAAUUGAAUGUGAUGUCAACACGGAUCAACUAUUUUCCGCCGCAACUAUUUUAUUGUCAAGGACUUAAGAUUAUAUUAGCCAAUAACAAUAGCUUAGAAAGUAUCCCAGAAGCCAUCGGAUCAUUACGUCAGUUACAGCAGCUAAACUUAAGUAGAAAUUUUAUUUCGAAUGUUCCCGACAACAUAAAAUCCUGUAAGAAUUUAACACACUUGGAUCUCAGUUGCAAUAUGUUGCAAAAACUGCCCGAUGCUAUAACAUGUCUGAUUUCAUUGCAAGAGAUUAUUUUAAAUGAAACAUAUUUAGAGUUUUUGCCAGCUAAUUUUGGACGUUAAAUACGCCUUGGUGUUGUUCGUCUGCACAAUUGUGCUAUGAAAUGACAAUCCCUGCAAUCAGUGCUGCCAACUUUUUUUUGGAGAAAUCGUCAAUUUUUAAAAAAAAAAUCGUCAAAAUCGUCAAGUUAUGCUGGGUAUACACGAUACUAUUUUUCGUACUAAUCGUAGUAUGAGUUGAAGUACGAUUUUGUGAUAGACGUUACUAUAAAUCGUACUAUUUCCUUUGAAAAAAAUGACAAGUAAUAAAAAUAUCACAAAAAUCAAAAAUUUUUGAUUUUCAUACUUCGUUAGUACGACAACAUGAUACACGUUACUAAUUUCAUACUUAUACGACUUAUCGUAACGUGUAUACCUAGCAUUAAAAAGAAAAAUAUCGUCAAGACAAAAAUACAUUAAAAAUACCAAAAACAUUUUUUUAUUAACUAUUUAAAUAUUUUUAUUUUAUUUACAUGUAAAUAAAGUUAUUAUUUAAUAAAAAAAAAUAA